AUGGCAGAGGCACUGUGGAAAGUGUUGAAGUGGCGGUGGCUGGCCAAACGCGUCUUCUCGUCCUUCUCAACCUCAACCUCUCCUGCUCCCACCCAUCCAACAUCACCACCUCCAACUUCACCCUCAACUUCGGCUUCGUCAUCUUCACCUUCACCGACAUCGUCACCGCCAGCUAAAGCUUCGUCGCCGUACUGGUUUGGACGACUAUUAACAUUCGGCUACUUCCGUCGACUACCGUCAGUACCAGCUAAGCCAGCUGAAGACCAAGCUUCGUCGUCAUCAGGUUCAGACCUUGGUACACCGUCGAGAGCUCAAACUACCACAUCAUCUCCAUCGCCAUCUCCUAUUCCGAUCACAGCUUCAGCUUCAUCUUCAUCUCCUCCGAUUACAGCACCAGCUUCACUUCAAGCAGUAGCGAUACCGCCAUCGGCAGCAUCAGUAGCUCCACUACAACUCCCAACCCCACCAGCAACUCCGGAGCCAUCACCUCAACCUCCACCACUACCUCAACCAAACCCCCCAAACCCACGACCAAUUAAUCGACAACCCUAUCUUCGCCACCUUCCACCCCUCCCAUCACCUCCCAAGAUGUCCGACCUUCCAACCCUCCACACAAAACUAAUCUCCUCCUUCACCGCCCGCUCCCAUAGCACCUCCCUCCCCCUCCUCUCCACCGCAAAACUCGCCCUUCUAAAGUCGUCAGUCCUAGUUCCCACUCAAGCAACCAUAUCCACAAACCCCCAACUCCUCUCUCAAGCCCGUGAUAUCCUCGAAAUCGGUGCUUUAACUUCGAUCUACCUCUCAGAUACCGAAUCCUUCUCUCGUUAUCAUUCAUAUCUAACCCCCUUCUACCGUAUACCUUCCACCAUCCUCCCACCAAGUCAACAAGAACCAAAGAUCCUAGGACUUUAUCUUCUCCUUCUUCUCUCCCAAGGUGAUGCAGCAGGAUUUCAUACAGCUCUAGAAGUCCUAAACUCCGAAGGCUCAGGUGAUGCAGAGAAAGGUUGGCAAUGGGGAGAUUUUGUACGAUAUCCAGUUACUUUGGAAAGAUGGUUGAUGGAGGGAAGUUAUGAUAAAGUAUGGGAGGCGACAAGGAAGGGAAAGACUCCAGCCGAAGAAUUUGAUGUCUUCACAAAGAUUUUAGUCCAAACCCUGCGUUCUGAGAUCGCAACUUCUGCACAAAGAGCAUACCCAUCCCUCCCGAUCUCAAAUGCCAAGAAUCUUCUCUUCCUUGAUACCGAAAAGGAAGUUCUUCAAUUCGCUCGCGAGAGAGAUUGGGACAUCCGCGACGGAAGAAUAUACUUCCCACCAGACGAAGAAUACGACGGAGCAGAUAUCCCAGAUACAGCCUCCAUAACAGCUGCAAAGAGUGCCAUCCACUCCGGAACCAUUAUUGAAAAUACAAUUGGAUAUGCCAAUGAAUUGGAACAGAUUGUUUAG